UCCGUCUGGAAGGUGCUUCUGCCUGUGAUCUGCCAUGGCUAAAGGACUUUUUAUGUCCACAGGCCUUGCCGUGGGCACGGGCAUCAUGACCCUGUCAGCCCUCGGUGGGAUUAUCACUAUGGCCAUCAUAUUCCAAGUGCAGGUUGGUCACAAUCCACCUACAACACGAGUUCCGAUUACAACGACACCGGUGAUUCCAACAGGACCUCCACCAGACCUGAGACUGCCCCGAAACGUGAUUCCCCAGAGAUACCACAUCUUCCUGAGGCCUCUUUUCUACCAUACACUCACUAAUGAGACGAUUCAAUCCUUUAUUUUUAUGGGAAACUCCACUGUGACUUUUGAGUGUUUGAACAAGACCAGAAGCAUUUUCCUACACAGCAAGGACUUGACUGUUAAGAAACUGGAACUGACGCGUCUGGACAACGGUGACAUUCUGACUGUCAAUCAACACGUUAAUGAAAGCACUGUCAGUGAGACUGAUUUCUUAGAGGUAAAAUUGGAGGAUGAUGCAGUCUUGGAGCCAAAUAGAUCCUACAGCUUGUUUGCUGACUUUGAAGGAGAGAUGUUCAAUGAUUUGACUGGCUUCUACACAAGUACAUAUGAAGUGGAAAACAGCAAUGAAACAAGAUAUCUUGGUGCGACUCAGAUGGCUGCCACUGAUGCCAGAAAAGUGUUUCCCUGUUUUGAUGAACCUGACUUGAAAGCUAAUUUCAGUCUCACCCUCACUCACAGAGAAGGCUCUUCUGCACUGGCCAACUGGCCUAAAAAACGCACUAGUGGCUCCGAGAUUGAAAUUGAUGGAGAGAAGUGGGUAGUUACUGAGUUUCAGUCAACGAAGAAAAUGUCAACCUACCUUAUGGCUUUUGUAGUCUCUGAGCUCGCCAACACUGGAGGCAUAGACUAUAAGGUAUGGGCUAGACCUGAAGCCAUAACUGAUGGUCAUGCAAAAUAUGCUGAUACAGUUGCAAAUAAAAUCCUGAAUUUCUAUGAAUCGGAAUUGGGCCUAAAAUAUCCUGUCAGCAAACUAGAUCAUAUUGCCCUACCUGAUCUGGCACCAGCUGGGAUGGAAAACUGGGGACUGAUAACAUACCGUGAGUCAGCUUUGCUCUUUGCGGAAGGAGUCUCCUCCACAUUCGAUAAGGAAUAUAUCGCUACAUUGAUCGCUCAUCAGCUUGCUCACCAGUGGUUUGGGAACCUGGUUACUAUGAAAUGGUGGAAUGAUCUGUGGCUGAGUGAAGGAUUUGCCACAUACAUGUCUUACCAAGGAUUGAAACAUUUAGAGCCUUCUUGGAAUACAGAAGACCUGUUUGUGGUGAAUGAGGUGCAAAGAGCCUUCCAAGUGGACGCUCUGACUGCUGCUUAUCCUCUCAGCCCCAGUGAGGAGGAAAUUCAGUCACUCAGCGAGAUCAACGGGCUCUUUGACACCAUCACUUACAGCAAGGGAGCUGCAGUGUUGAGAAUGCUGUCACACUAUAUGAGUACCGGUUCUUUUAAAGAAGGCAUAAAGAAAUAUCUUAAAGCUCUGGAAUAUGAAAGCGCUAACCAAUAUGACCUGUGGACCUACCUACAAGAGGCAGAUACAAACAUAGAGGAAAUCAUGAGCACGUGGACCACGCAGGCAGGUUACCCCGUUCUUACAGUAAACACUGGAACUGGAGACAUAUCCCAGGAACGCUUUCUCCUGAACAGCACGGGGAACAAAGCCGUUGUAUGGCACGUGCCCAUAAAUCUACUGAAAAAUGAUGGCAGUGAGGUGCAUGACUUGUUACUUGAUAAAGCAAUAGGAGGGCCAAGACCAGAGCUAAAACGUGACAAGUGGAUCGUGGUCAAUAUUAACUGUACUGGUUAUUACCGUGUUAACUACGACCGGGGAAACUGGGAGGGACUCAUGGCUCAGCAGAAGGCUGAUCACCAUGCUAUUCCAAUGAUCAACAGGGCACAGCUUAUUGAUGACGCAUUUAAUCUGGCAAGGGGCAAAUAUAUUGAUGUGACACUAGCACUGAACACAACCAAGUAUCUCAAAAAUGAAACGGAGUACAUUCCAUGGAACGCUGCUAUGAAAAACCUGAAAUACUUCAUCCUCAUGUUCGAUCGCUCUGAGGUCUAUGGACCGAUGCAGACAUAUCUGAAAGAUCAGAUCACCAACCUAUACAGACACUUUGAGCAUGACACAAUGAGUAAUACAGUACCGAAAAAUCACCUUGACCAGUAUGCCCAGUUGGAAGCCGUUACAGUGGCAUGCAAAGUUGGCUUGAAAGAAUGUAUUGACACAGCUACUAACAUGUUCAACCAGUGGAAAGAGAACCCAUACAACACUACGACCCAGAUACACCCAAAUCUGAGGUACAAUGUUUAUUGCUAUGCCAUUGCUGAUGGCGGACAAGCAGAAUGGGAGUUUGCCUGGGAGAAGUACCUGAACUCAACCAUCGCAGCAGAGAAAGAUAAACUAAGAUACGGUCUAUCGUGUACCAGGCAUAUUUGGCUUCUGAACAGAUACCUCCAGUAUACUCUCGAUCCCACUAAGAUUAGGAAGAUCGACACCGUGUCUACCAUCAACUACAUUGCCAGCAAUGUGGCUGGGCAAGCUUUGGCUUGGGAUUUUGUGCGGGGUAACUGGAAGCACUUCAGUGAAGAACAUGGUGGGGAGAUCAAGUUCCUUGGAGAUCUCAUUGAUGGAGUGACAGAGAGAUUCUCCACAGAGUACGAGCUCCAGCAGCUGAAACAGUUCCAGUACGAUAGCGACCUUACUGGAGACUCCAUAGGCUCAGCAUCCAGGGCCCUGGAACGAGCGAUUGAGAGAACACAGAUCAACAUUCAAUGGGUGAAAGACAACAAGGACACAGUUCUGGACUGGUUCCGAAGCGAGACGAAGUAGAGCGCUUGAGACAAAUUGCACAGGUCUACUUGGCCAAACACGUCGGCUUGAUAGAAAAUGCAAUUCAAAGCAGAUGUAGUACUCCAAAUGGACAACAGUACAAAGGAGUCCAAUUUCAUGCCGCCUGUAACUCCUUGAAAAACGCUUGAUUAUUUUAACCCAGAAGACCUUCAUAGUUCACAAAAUUAUGAAACUAAAACUGAAAGAUAGAGAGGGAGGGUUUGAGAGCGAAAGAGAUUAAUUUAUUUUCAUGUAAUCAAACAAGCUUAAUAUAUUCAUUGACUUGGUAUUUGAUGACUUUGAAUGAAAUCACAUCCAAAGGAAGCACUUGCUGCACUCAAAUCAAGUGCAAAAAUGAAAAAGCUCCAUCUGUCAUUGUAGGGUCUUUUACUUUUCUCCCUGUUUAAACAACUUUAUAUGUUAUUUCUUUCAAACUGUUUAUAUAUUUAUAUUUGCUAUAUGGAUAUAUAUAUAUAUAUAUUUGCUUACUGAAUAAAAAGGUAGUGUUUAAAAAUAA